AUGGCUGGAAACACAGGCACGGACUUCAACUAUUUGGAGUUCUUCAAGGAAGAAAUCAGAAAUGAGAAUGCGACCAUCAAAAUCGGCGCGGUGAACAACCUGCAUCUCAUCGCCUCGGCUCUGGGGCCGAACAGGACGGUGGCCGAGUUGAUUCCUUACGUCGUACAGGUGGUGCAAGAGGAGCCUCUGUGCAACGACGACGAAUUUCUGUACUCUAUGGCAAGGCAGUAUGCAGUACUGUCUGACUACAUCAAUGGGCACGACGACUUGCUUAUAGCACCCUUGGAGCACCUGGCAGCCCAAGAGGAGACGGUCAUCCGAGACCAGGCUAUCCAAUCCUUGUGCAAGGUCAUUGAAAAGAGGCCUGCGCUGGCGCCGGAGCAUUUGGUGCCAACUCUUCAUCGUCUGGCCACGAAGACCGACUUCUUCACUGCUCGUGUGUCUGCCUGCGCGCUUCUUCCCCUUGCCUACCGUCAUGUGAAAGACGAUCAGAAAAUGGGCUUGCGCCGAGCCUUUACAAUGCUGUGUGCCGACGAGACGCCCAUGGUGCGCCGUGCUGCGGCACACAAGAUGCGUGAUUUCGUCUCGGUCUGCGCGAAGCAGGAUCUUCUCACAGACCUGAUCGGUGUGUACAAGCAGUUGUCGCAGGAAGAUACUCAG